UGUAUGUUAACUACAUUAUACAUGCUGAAGCAGAAGAUAAACUCCCAGGCAUUUUCCCACAGCUGCCGACCGUUACCGCCAUACAUGCAUAUUGUUUACAGUAUAAUUACCAUAGAGAAUGGAAUAUAAUUACUGUUAAGAAGCAUAUCUAACAGCAAUUAUGUUUGCAUGUGAUGUGUAACUAAGUGUCUUACUUCAUCUGUAUGAUUUAGGCCUUAUGACCUAUCAUGUUUUGCCAAAUGGUAUCCAGCUACAGAAUGGUAUCCAGCUACAGAAUGGUAUCCAGCUACAGUAUGGUAUCCAGCUACAGAAUGGUCUCCAGCUACAGAAUGGUUUCCAGCUACAGAAUGGUAUCCAGCUACAGAAUGGUCUCCAGCUACAGUAUGGUAUCCAGCUACAGUAUGGUAUCCAGCUACAGAAUGGGUGCCAGGGGGAGAAAGGUCUCCAUGAUGUGGUCUCUUAUAUCCCGUCCAUACAGUCACUUGAUGAACCCUGGUUUGCUGCCCAGUCCUUACAGAACCAAAGUACCCGUUCUUUCGCUCUCUUUCUAAACAAUGAUUUAUCUCAUUGCUAAGUGCAAUCAUCAACUCUUUCAAUAACAUGAUUGUUAUUGUGAUCUGUCAGUGUUUCUUGGAUCCAAGAGCAGAUAGCAUGGCUGUGUUUCUGUGCGUGUCUGUGUCCAGAGGGUUAUUUCACGAUUGGGUUGCUCUGACACAGUUGUUCUGGCUGUUGUGUCAUAACUAAGGAAUGCAUUGACAAAAGGGAAUUGGCUUGGAAGCGAGGCAAAGUCUUCUCUCAUUGCUACAGCCGCUAAAACAUGACAUGCGACUGGGGGUGCUGACAACAGAGAAAAAGAGAGUCCAAAACGCAGCGUUGUCCAUUAGGACCCACAUCUGGCGCUGUGGCUGUAGUUUGGCAGGAGAGAAGUGUGAGCUGAGGAUGUGGCGAUUGGUGGGCGUGGCCUUUCUGUGCCAGUGUGUGAUUGGUCAGCUGCUGGAGGCCAAGGUGAGAGGAGCUCCACCUCGUCUGAUCUGCAGUGUUCCGGGGUUGCCGGGGACACCAGGUAAACCUGGCCCCAACGGGCCUCCAGGGGCCAACGGGAGCGUAGGAAUCCCAGGAAGAGACGGCAGAGACGGCAGGAAAGGAGAGAAAGGAGAGAAGGGUGGAGCAGGGGUAAAGGGGAAAGUCGGCCCAACGGGUAAACUUGGCCAGCGGGGUGACCGGGGUCCUGGUGGGAAGAGAGGUCCUGGUGGAGCGAGCGGGGGCGGGGGCCUACCGGGUCCUCCAGGGCCCCUUGGGGAGAAAGGGAACAAGGGCCAGCGAGGACCAAGGGGGACGGCAGGAGUCUGCCGGUGUGGCAGCCUGGUGCCUAAAGCAGCCUUCUCUGUGGGAAUCACCAGCAGUUACCCUGCUGAGAAGGAACCUAUCAAGUUCAACAAGGUCCUCUUCAAUGAGGGGGGCCACUACAACCCAGAGACAGGAAAGUUCAUCUGUGCCUACCCAGGUAUCUACUACUUCUCUUAUGACAUCACACUGGCCAACAAGCAUCUGGCCAUCGGGCUGGUGCAGAACGGGCAGUACCGCAUCAAGACGUUUGACGCCAACACAGGAAACCAUGACGUGGCCUCCGGGUCCUUAGUAAUGUUCCUGAACCCAGAAGACGAGGUGUGGCUGGAGAUCUUCUUCAAGGACCAGAAUGGCCUGUUUGCGGACGCAGGGUGGUCUGACAGCCUGUUCUCUGGAUUCCUGCUCUAUGCAGACACCAACUACCUGGACUCACUAGCAGAGGACUACGCAUAGAGACUUAUUACACUCAAUAAAGAACUGAGAGGACUGAGAGUUUAUAGCCUCCCCUUGAUGUAUUCACAGUAUCUAUUUCAUCAUGUAUUAUUUAUAUUCUAUAUAAAUAUAGUGAGCUCCAAAAGUAUUGGGACAGUGACAAUUUUGUUGUUGUUGUUUUGGCUCUGUA